AUGAGUGAACCUGAAAAGAAGAAAACCAAAACAUCCUCCAAUUCCAACAACAACACAAAACCUCUUCCGAAGAAUGAAGAGUUGGAACAAAUUAGAAAAACUCUCCUUCUCUCGUUGGUUCCUUCCAUGAACGAUAAGAGUGAAAUUUAUAAUACCAAACAAAUUAUUUCAUUAGCCGAUAAAAAUUCAAACAAAAUCCGAGAGGGUGAUAUGGUGGUCUUCUUUAUUAAUCAUGAUAUCAUGAAAGCAGAGGUUAUUAAAAAGGGUCAUACGUUUGAUUGUAGAUUUGGCUCCUUUUUGCAUGAGAACAUCAUUGGCAAACCUUUCGGAUCCAAAAUUUAUAGUCAUGUCGACAAGCGUUCUCGUAAAAAAGCAGCAGAGGAUGAUGACUCGACAGCCGACUCUAAAAAACCCUUUGUCUACGUUCUCAAACCAACUCCUCAUUUGUGGACCCUUGUUUUGAAACAUAGAACUCAAAUUUUGUAUCAUGCAGAUAUUAGUUUGAUUUUAACACAUUUCCGAUUACGUCCAGGUAGCAUUGUCAUUGAAGCUGGCACAGGUAGUGGUUCUCUUUCAACAAGUAUUUCUAGGACAAUUAUGCCAAAUGGUCAAUUAUUCACUUUUGAAUAUCACAAGGAGAGAUUUUUGCAGGCCGUAAAUGAAUUUAGGUCCAAUGGACUUUAUAACAUUACCAUCACAAACGGUGACGUCUGUCUCGAUGGAUUCAACCCCAAUGAAACAACAUCACAUAUUAUUUUGAGCGAUACGUUGAGACCAAAGCAUGACGCCUCACAAAUUCUCGGGCAAGACAAGUCAGAAACUGUGGACGCUAUCUUCCUUGAUUUGCCAAAACCUUGGUUAUGUAUUUCGAACGUGUUCAGACUUCUCAAGGUUGGAGGUAAAUUUUGUGGAUUCAGUCCAUGCAUUGAACAAAUUCAAGAGACUGCAAACGCUUUGAGAGAAUUUGAUUUUGUAGAAAUCAAAACUGUAGAAUGUUUGGCGAAGGAGUACAUGAGUAAUGUCGUAGAGAUGUCAUCCGUUGACCAUUAUUUCACAAAGAAGAACGAUCAACAACCAAGUUCAACUGUUGACACCACUGUCACGGCAGGAGGAGAAGGAUCCUCUUCAUCGUUGACAUCUUCUUCUGCAGCAACUAGGUCUCCACGAAAACUCUUCGCUGCCGUUCCAGAAAUGAAAGGCCAUACUGGAUAUUUGAUUUUUGCCACAAAAUUCCAUAUGAAAGAAUAA